GGUCGCUGUCAUAAAGACGAAUUACACUGAGUUUCCUUUGACCCAAUUCUUGGUAUGAAGAUAAAAUAUCAUGGCGACAUCCUAUGAAUCAUUCUCACAGACAUUCAAAGUCGCGCUGAUCCAGCUUCAUCCCAAACCUCUUGACUUGGAAUACAACUUUUCUGCUGCAUCAGCUCAUAUCCGCGAUGCCGCUGCACAAGGAGCCUCGCUGGCAGUGCUGCCGGAGUACCACCUAACAUCAUGGGUCCCGGAAGAUCCACAGUUCGCCGUGGUCGCCCAAACCGCUUACCAAUACGUGCCCAAGUAUCAAGCUCUGGCUCGUGAGUUAAAGAUCAAUAUCGUUCCAGGGACUAUCGUCACCAUCGACCCAAAAUCACCGCCUCCCGCAACCAGCAACGGAACGUCCGCCGACCCCCAAAAGCCGCCCGUUCUCCUCAACAUUGCCCCUUUCAUCUCCUACACGGGCGAGCUCUUGGGAAGCUACACGAAAGCCAACUUAUGGAUCCCGGAACGCACAGUGCUCACAUCAGGCCCGGCCUCCGUCAAGGCGACUCAGCAUCAUCUAUCGACUGAAGAAGGACCUCCUCCUCCACUGAACCCCCACUCAAUUAUAGAAACUCCCCUCGGCCCUCUCGGCAUCGUGAUAUGCUGGGACCUAGCGUUUCCCGAAGCCUGCCGUGCUUUGGUCCGUCAGGGUGCACGCCUGAUCAUCAUUCCCACCUUCUGGACGAGAGACGAUCUAACACCCGAAGGGAGAGCGUACGGACCAGAUGUGGACAUUCAAUUUUUGAGCUCUGCCCUUAUCACGAGAUCCUUUGAGAACACCUGUGCCAUUAUCUUCGUCAAUGUAGGGGGUCCGAAAUCAGAGGGCUACGCUGGGUUAAGUCAAGUCGUGCUGCCCCUUGUUGGGAAAGUUCCCGGAUCGUUCGAGGAUGGAGAGCCGGGGAUGAAGAUUGUGGAGUGUGAUAUGAGAACGGUCGACGUGGCUGAGGAGAACUACAAGAUAAGAGAGGAUUUGAAAAGGGAGGACUGGCACUAUGGUUAUAGCCACGAGAAAUGAAAACGAAUAUGAGUACAGCCAUGAGGAUUAUGACGGAUUUGAAUUGAUGCAUUAAGAGUCAACUCAAGAUACACUACCGCGAAGGGUACUCAUAGAUGUGCCGCGUACCUGCUGAUGGCAUUAAGCUC